AUGGCGAGGUACAACGAGGAGUUGGGACACAGCGACAAAGCGUUUGCCAUAUACGAAGAAAUAGUGCGAAAUUAUCCGAAUGACUACCACGCUGUGUUAGAGAUGAUGAUACACUUCUCCAAAGACAAAAACAGCGAGGACAAUUUAACCGGCCUAGACAGGCGAACGCAGGCAUUUCACGAGCACCACGCCAAUGAGGAGUACCACCAGGCAAUUAUGGCUCUGGUAUCUGAUAAUAAGACCUUUGAUGCUAUCUUUGAAAGCUAUCAGGCAGCCAUUGUUGCCGCCAAAGAGCGGCUCGCCAAAGCAACCAAUGAGAGUGACACAGAAGAGGAAAUAUUCCAUCGAACCUGCCAAGAGGUUCUCAUGCAUAAUCUUGCGCACCUUUGCCGAGAAUGUCGAGAGAAGGGAAUUUACCAUCGACCAAUGGUCACAAAAGGCCUCGUCUGUGCACAACACGCGAACGGCUGUUUCCAUAAGGUGUUGCGGGACGACAGUACCGCACCUACCUACCUAGAGCAGUUGGAUCAGCUGGCCGCAUUCAAGCCAAUAUACGUUGACAACGAGGAGCGCCUUGCAACCUACCCAAAAGAAUUUAUCGCAAGAUUCCACGCUCCUCAAGGUGAUGAACAAGAAGUCAAAGAUACCCUGCGUACUUACAUCAAACGCAAUAUCGAUAUUCUCUUCGGUGAUGAUCCGUUGAAUGGCUGGCAGGGAUAUCAGGGCUUGGCGAUAUAUCUCAUGUUCGCGGGCCAGAAUGCAGACUGUCUCGUAGCUUGGUUGUUGAUUGUUUCAUAUGACGGAAUGUGA